AAAAGCCGAGAAAAUUAAUUCGAUUAAAUAAUCUUCAUUUUCUAAAAGAUCCAAUUGACGGGACUAGGCAAAUUGGGUCAAAUGUUAUCCUUAAAUAUCAUGUGCUACGUGAGUACAAGUGUCAACGACAUGAUAACGGCAAUGUAUUUAUUGAUCAUAUGUCUGGUUCUGAGCUUAACUGGAGUGAAAUUGCUCUAGGCAUUACAGUAUCCCCAAAUGUGCAUUACUGCAUUAUGUUCAGAAACCCAGUUCCUCCUUCAAGCGACAUAAGCUGGGAUUUCAGAAUCAUUCCAAAAAGAACCCGAAUCUAUCCCGGUCGCUCCACACCCACUACUGGACGGGGCCUUCACAACUUAAUAGUUAGCAUUCUAGUUAGAGAAGUUUUUUAUGACCCACCAAAUCCGCCUCCCACUGGAUACUCAUCUGCAAUUCCUACUGGAUUAACUAUCAAUCCUGGUACGAUCUGUGACAUCGACCUUUAUGAUAUCCAACAAAUGUACAGAAAGUUCGAUUCAUAA